UUUUUAUCAACACACCAACACAACAUUCUCUCCUUCAUGUCAUAAAGGCCUAAGUGCAACUUUCUGAAUUAUUUUCAUAACAAAUUUUCCAUUGUACAGUUAAAUUUCAAUCUUUCUUGGUACACAAAAACAAGAAGAAGAGAGAAAUGGAUCAUAGAUCAUCGAUAGAGCGCGAAGGAAGUGUUCAUCUAGAGAUAAAUGGUAUGUUGAGUCUCACAGAAAGUGGUGGUCCAACAAUCUUUGAACCUCAAACUCAAAGUCCAAUUGAGACAAAGAACAGCAGCACAACAAAUUCUGUUUCUCCGAAAAGGCGAGCUGUUCGUGCACCGGAGAAAAAGAUUACCCUUUUUGCUCUAAGGCUAGCAGUGUUAGAAAAAGCAGCAACUGGACUAGGAACACUUGGUUUCAUAUGGGCAACAGUUGUUCUUCUUGGUGGCUUUGCUAUCACUUUGGACACAACAGAUUUUUGGGUCAUAACCACUAUUUUGUUGAUUGAAGGAACAAGAAUUUUUAGCAGAAGUCAUGAGCUUGAGUGGCAACAUCAAGCAACAUGGUCUAUUGCUGAUGUCGGAAUCAGCAGCUUUCGCGCGAUUAAAUCCAGCACAAGAACCAUUAUUCAAGCUGCAAAAGCAAUUUUCAAGCCUAUUUCUGAUGUUACAAAGGCUGCAAUCGCAAGGGAUUCACUACAGACAACUCGCGGUAAAUGGGACAAGAAGAGGGUCCCAACUCGAAUAUGGACUAGUUCGGAGGUUCCUCUGAUUCCAUAUGCGCGAUGGAUGUUCAUAGCAAGAAAUGUUAGUAAGAUGCUUUACUGGCUCCAAAUAUUAUCUGCAACAGCAUGUUUGGUACUAUCAUUGAUGAAGCUUGUCUUGAGGAAUUUUGGUGAAGUGUCCAAAGGAGAUACCGACAAGAGGAACAGGAAAAGCGCGCUACUUAUAUUCUACUCCCUCGCGUUCACGGAGGCAUUGCUUUUUCUCUUGGAAAAAGCCUACUGGGAAUGGAAGAUCAACUUUUGUAGACUAUUGGAGGAGGUGAACAAAGAGUGUGAAUUGGGGCCAUCAGGUAUGACUUCUGUCAGAAGGUUCUUUUAUGAUGCUUAUUCAAGAUGUGUUAAUGGGAGCAUAUUUGAUGGUCUUAAGAUGGAUAUGGUAUCAUUUUCUAUGGAACUCUUAGCCUCUAGCUCACCUGAUGAACAGCUCAUCGGUGCUCAAAUCUUGAGAAAGUUUGCUACCAGUCCACGGUUUUGUGAUGACACCCUUCAGAAGAUUGGUACAAACAUAAUAGUAAUGGAGAGGUUGGUUGAGAUGCUGAAUUGGAAAGACAUCCAAGAAGAAGAGUUAAGGCUAUCAGCAGCAGAGGUCAUAUCAAACCUUACUGGUAAAAAGCAAAAUUCUCUUCGUGUUGCGGGUAUACCUGGUGCUAUGGAGUCCAUAUCUUCACUUCUCCAAAUCAGCAGGGACCCUACUGGAGCAAGUGAUGAAAUUUGUGAAAAGAGGAUAAUCUUUGACAAUGAAAACUAUGGAUUUUGGACAUUCAACCAUUUGGGGCUCCUCAUUCUGAAGAAACUUGCUCGUGACCACGAUAACUGUGGAAAGAUAGGAAAUACUAGAGGUCUUCUGCCCAAGAUUAUAGAGUUCACACAAGCAGGAGAGAGAUUACUAAGAGAUGAAUUAGCAACACCAACACAAAUAUUGACACUAAAACGAUCUCUCCAGGUUGUGAAGAUGCUGGCUAGCACAGCAGGUGCGACAGGUAAAGAGCUAAGGAAAGAUAUUUCAGAAAUAGUUUUCAGCAUUAGCAAUAUCAGGGACUUAUUGAAAUAUGGGGAGAGACACCCUACUUUGCAACACUUGGGAAUAGAUAUCUUGAGAAGUUUGGGAUUGGAGGAAGAUGCAACAGAGAGAAUUGGAGGCACGGGCGGAGUCCUUAAGGAGUUGUGCAAUAUCUUUCUCAAGGAGGAGGCCAUGCCUCAUCAUCAUGGCCAUGUAAGAAGUGCAGCAGGAGAAGCACUAGCUAUGCUGGCACUUGAAAGCAAGAACAAUUGCCAUAGGAUAUUGAAACUGAAGGUGACUGGAAAGCUUGUCGAAGCAUUGGAAGUUCCAUUGCUUCGAAUAAAUGCAGCAAGAAUCUUGAGAAACUUGUGUGUCUACAGUGGAUCAGGUUACUUUGAAGAAUUGAGGGAGCUUGCUGCUGCUGGACCAACUAUACUCAAAGCAAUCAUGACAGAGGAACACAAGUUACAGGAAGUAAUGAUGGGACUAGGGGCACAUAUAUUCAAGUUUGUAACACCAGAAGAAUCAAGCAUCAUGUUCCAGAGAGCGAAAAUUCAAGAAGCUGAAUUGGCUGAAAAACUUGUUGAGAUUCUGAGGAAGCAUCAGCAUCCAUCAAUUAAGGUUCCAAGAAUUAGGAGAUUUGUCAUAGAGUUGGCUAUCUGGAUGAUGAGAGAUAAUAGAAUAAACAUUCAAGUGUUGAGAAAUCUGGGAAUGGAGAUGGAGCUUGAGUACGUCAUAGAAACAACAUCGGAGCUAGAGAGCUUUAAUGUUUUCUCAGGAACAGUUGGAAUGAAUCGACACAGCGUGACAAUCCACUCACAGGUUGAUACUGCAAUGAAGUUGUUGGCUGGUGAAACGGAAUAAUAGAAGCCUCAACUGUUCUUGCACAAGAAAUUGUUUCAGGUCAAUAAUGUUGUAAAUAUUCAAGUAUAUGGUAGAGCAUUCUUUUUCUAUAAUUUAAUAUUUAUGUAUAGUACCUGUAACACAAUACAUUAAGAGAUAUUGUUUUGUAAUUUACAACAAUUUCCCUGCUUUGCAAUGUAACUUACUGCUUGAGGUCAUCAGUAUAGGAUGUUAUAUUCUGCUGAUUCUACAGAAGAUUGAUGUGUUAUAGAGA